AUGUGGUGUACUCUCCGACACAAGACACUAGCGCCGUUGUUACAGUGUCGAUGGAAAUCCAAAGUUGCCCAAACAAGCAGAGAAGUGUCUGAGGCUGCGUUUAAAGACCAACUUCGAGCGGUCGACGCAGCAAAUGCCAGAAACCUACCAGAAUGGGCCAAAAGGGAAGAAUCGCUUCGAAAACGGUAUGGGGCAUGGAACCCCACUAGGAAGCUUUCCCGCCAACAAAUAUCGGACAUUCGAGAGUUGAAGGCACAGUGGCCGCAGAUGAAGACAAAACAACUAGCAGAUCACUUUCAUGUCAAUCCAGAGAGUAUACGGCGGAUCUUGAAAUCCAAAUGGGAGCCAUCUGAGACCGAGUUGGCCAGUAUGAAUGAGAGAGCAGCGAAAAGAAAGUUGCAGAGCCAGGAACGCAAGAAGGCGUCGUUGGAGCUGAUCAAGCCACCAGUUAAGAAAUAUGGCAAGUCGUCCAAACGACAGGGUACGAAAACUACGAAAAACGACAAAAAGCCUUUUACGGUGGGCGUGGGAGACCUUAUAGAUUGA